GGCUCAAGCGAUUCUUGGCUAAGCCAUUUUGGCAGCCCCCCCCCGCAUAGGGAGCAUCCCCUGCAUCGCCCCCACCAGCGGGGGGUCCGCGGACAUGUCGCGCACGCGACGAGGGCUCGCCGUUCUUAUGGCCGCCUUUGUCGCCGCAGCAGUCGGCCUUGCCCGCGCUUUCGCGGUCCCCCGAGCGGCGCAGCGGCCGGCGGUGACCCACCUCGCGGGCAGCGCGCUGGCGACGUCGGCGGGCCUCGGCCCGCCACCGCGGCGGCUGGGCCCCGCGCGGGCGGCGGCGCUGCAGCUGGUGAAGCCGGUGGUGCUGCAGCUGGUGAAGCCAUUGGCUUUCUGUGCGCUGCUCGCGCCCGAUUCUCGCGGAGCCUGUGCGCAAGAUGCAAGUCAAGCUGCACGACAAGCUGAAGGGGAAGUCGAUGCCCGUCGAGGCGUUGGCAGAGUUCUCGGCCACUUUCCUGCUGGUCUUCUUCGCCCUCGGAGCGGCGCUCACUGGGGUGGACGGCGCGUUUGCCUUUGGGAGCACGAUCCUUGUGUUGGCAACGGUUUUUGGCCCCAUCAGCGGUGGCCACAUAAAUCCUGCGGUGACCUUUGGCAUGUAUGCGGCUGGCAAGAUUGAUGCCAAGAAGACAGUGAGCUACAUCGGUGCGCAGUGCCUGGGGGCAACCCUCGGCGCGCUUGCUCUCCAGCACUGCCUCGGCGUGAGCACCCUCGGCGGCUUCAACGCGAUGGUGGUGGCGCACCACCACCACCACCACUCCGCCAGCGUCCCCAGCAUCUGGGGCGCCUUUGCCAUGGAGGCCCUCGGUGCCGCUCUCCUCGUCUCCACGGUGCUCGCCGGUGGCACGGCGCUGCCCAUCGCCGCCGCCGUCGUGGUCGCGCACCUGCUGCUCGUCCCGGUCACCGGCUGCAGCAUCAACCCGGCUCGGUCGUUGGGCCCCGCGCUGGUGAACGGGUCUUCGGCGGCGCUGAAGCACCUUUGGAUGUUCAUCGCCGCACCGAUGCUCGGGGGCUGGCUCGCGGGGACGAAGGCGUGCUGGUUCAAGAAGUGAGGCGAGGCGAGCCUCGGGGGAGGUCGGCCUUGCGGUGGUGUCUCUCAGAGGAGGCCUCGGCCUUGACGCUGGUCGAGGCGCGUCGUCUUAUGGCGGUGGGCGGUGCUAUUUUUUCAAAACAGGCGACUUGUGCGUGAGAU